GCAAAGAAGAAAUCAUUGCCAUGUAUGGAUAUGACAUAAGGGCCUAUGAUAAGCCCCCUGAAGCUCCCAGGAGAUUUAAUAGCUCAAGGGAUGGAGGCUACAGGAAGAGAAAUACAAAGCUUAGUGAUUUUGUGAAUGAAGAAGACAUGCCAAGGCAGAGACGUGGUCCACCACGUGGGCGUGGUGGGCGUGGCAGGGCGUGGCAGAGGGGAACGUAGAAGACCAGAAGAUUCUGGUUGGCGAGAAUCAAGGACAUACAGUGACUUACAGAAUAACACUCAAGGAAGAAGUAAUGAAUUUAAAAAUCCUCCUGUCCCUCAGAGACAGUGGACUAAUGCAAAUUUCAGGAAAAGUAAUCGAGAUCAGAAUUAUGAUCAGGAUAAUAAUACUGAAAAUAGCAACAACAACUCGGAACCUUCCCCUAGGAAAGAAUAUCAAGAUGUUCAGCGCCCAGAUAUCAGAAUUGAAUUGAAAGAAGAUUCUAGGAAAGUUAUGGCCCAAAGUGACAACAGAACGAGCACUGUGUCCAGCUCUGAAGGAGGAGGGGGUAGUGAUAGGAAGUCUUAUGCAAGGGACAGGAGGUUUAAGGGAGGGGCAGGCCAUACAAGGUCUCAGGAUAGUUCAAGUUCUGCAAUCGAGCAAGGCAUGGAACAACUUUCAGUCACAGAGGAGCAAAAUAAACCAAAGCAAGGAGGCCCACUUCAGCAACAAGCCCCUUCCCCAGGGAAUGCCCAAAACAAGGGAAAUUGGUCUGCUGCAGGUGGACGGGGAGGAUUCCCUGCCCCGCCAAAAGUGGAUGCAUCACAAAACCGUCCCAAGAGAUACUCCUCUCAGAGGCAGAGGAAUAUGCCGGAGUCCAGCUAUCAGGAAGGUGGAGGAGAACAGGGCCAGCAGUUUUAUAACACUAGCCCUCAGAGUGGUUAUCAGCCUCCCUCCACUCAUGGUGGUAACAUGUAUCCUGAACCAAGGGCGCCACUUCCACGUCACCAAGUACCACAGCAUGUUGUACGGCCGCAGGUGGCAUAUACCAUACCAGGCCCCACACCUCAAAUCCAGAGCCCUCCUCGUUUGCUGACCCCUCCUGUGGCUACCAUGGCAACAGGUCUGUCAACCCAGUCCUUAAUGCAGCCAGCUUUCAUUCAGCAGGGAGUGGUGAACUUUGCUGGACCACCACCGCCCCACUACCAAAUAGCAGGGCACAUCCCACUCCAAGGAUUCCCGUCUCCACCUGCACCCCCACAACAAGCACCAGUUCCUCAGCAAGAGUUAUAUACAGCAGGGGGCGUCACUUACUAUAAUCCUGAAUCUCAGCAGCCUGUCACCCCCAGGCGCAGUGGCACCAUCUACUACAAUCCUGAGGUUCAACAGCAACACAGUCUGAACAGGUCACCUGUCCGUAGACCCAAGGUGCCCUUACCUAUCAUACAUCCAGAGGAACUGAGUAAGUCUGGAGAGGAUGUAGAGCAGCAUGAAUAUGAAAAUGCCGAGUACGAAGACUUCAGUCAAACAGACGAGGUUACAGAUGGCAGUGAAUACCCAAAUGAACAGGCAUUGCAACAGCAAGAACAGGGAAGUUUAAGCAGCAAUAUGCAAGAUGAAAAAACAUCGGACCUUACCAGUCAUCACCUGGGUGAUGAUGAUAAUAAACAGCCUGUUGACUGUGAAGGUGAACAAGAGCAAACAGAAAAGGUUAUAAAAUCAGAGGAAAAUACUCAGGAGACAGAUUAGACACCUCUAGGUUGUUUUCCCCCCAUUACCAGAGAGUAAUGAAAACAUGCAGAGGAUUAUUAUUCGAAGUGUGAUAAAAAGCAAGAUGUGGUCAAGCUUACAUUAUAAACAACUUAUGUCUUGGUUAAAAAAAACAUUUUAAGGUCACAAGGUGCACAGUAAUUAUGCACUAGUUGCUUUAUUUUGCAAAAAUUUGAGAUCAGUUUUUUUUUUGUUUUUUUGUUUUUUUUCUACUCACCACAAAGAACUUUGGGAUCCUGUUUCCAUCUUCAAAAAUGAAUUUUUGAAGAUUUGUCACAAGCAGGGCGUCAAGUUCCUAUUUCUUUUUUCUUAAUUUUGGAGAUAUUUUUAUUUUUUCCCUUAAAAACCUCUGAUCAUUUUCCUACUUUAAUGUUAACAAAAUAAUUAGCCAUUUCUUACUGAUUAAAAAAAAAGUAAGAUAAUGGAGAAUAUGCUGGAAAAUAGCUUGUGGAUACCUUUGUAGAUGUUUAACUGUUAAGCUGGUUACAGCUUGUAAAUACUUGUUUGUAAGCUGUAGCAUGUGCUUACAAGCUAGAAUAAAAUGCUUGUUGUUGCAGUGGUAUUGUAUGUUUUACUUCAAGGUAAUAAAGACGUGGUGAACUGGAUGUCUUAAGGGUUGUUGGGAGACCAUUUUUGUUUCCUAUUUUUGCUAUCCUUUAGCAAUAAAAGGUUUAUUUUUUAAUCCUUUAUUUCUUACUUUCUGAAGGUUUUAUUUUACUUGACGCUCUGCAUCUCAAAAAUGACAACAAUACGUAAUAUUCCAAGUAAUGCUUCUGUGGCUGCCAGUGUGUGAUAUAUGCUUCAUGAGAUGAUACUAUGUGUUCUUUACAUAAAGAAUAUUUUUCUUGUUAACAUGCAUGUAAUUACUAUUAAUGAAUAUUGGUGGUGAAUUAUGUAGAUAAUGGAUCUUUUAUAUAGUUCCAUAGAUUUUAGUUUGGUUGAAAAGGAUAAUGGCUUUGGAUUUCAAAAUUGGAUGAAAGAACUUUAAUGUAACACAUGGCUUGUUUUGCCAAUUUAAAUAUCACUUCUUUUAUGAAAUCACCUGAACUACCUUCUAUUCCCCUCUUAAAGAAGUAUUUUCUUUUUGUGUUUGGACAAUCCCUUUAGUUUCCACAGCUUGGAACUGUAGAAGUAAAUUUUUCAUUGAGAUGAUAGAUAUUUUAAAUUUCAGAUGUUUUUGCUAUUGACACUGUUUUAUAUUUAUAUGACAGCUAUCAGAUUUGUGGAAGUUUGCAUGGAAGAAGCUAUGUAUUUAAAUUCCUUGGAUUUGCAUUUUUGGACAAAAAUGUUUUGAGUAAAACCAAAUGUGAAUGCCUUAUCUGUGUGACACUAAGGCAUUGGAAUUGUGUUAGUGAUGCUAGGAAUCUGGAAGUGUAAGACAAAGUAAGGUCCUUGCCUUCUUCAGCUUAGCUAUGGCUAAGGUAGGGAAAGAGGCAAUUCUUGUGGUUUGGCUUAGUGUGAAUGUAUUCUUGGCAGUUCACAUUUUCAUAAUUUUUUGAAGAUGUGUUUAAGCAACUAAAAUAUUAGUACUUAAUUGAAUAAAUUUGAAGUAUUUGAGUGCAUUCAUACAUUGGUAAGUCUAAAUGAUAUUCCUUCCAAAUGGUAUAUGAAAAUUUCUUAAAAGAAAUACUGUAAAGGCAAGCCUUUUCUAUUGCAUUUUGUUGUUGGAUUUAUAAAUUAAGUGAUAAAUAAGGAAUGUUUUUUUUUUAUUGUACUGAGACGACUGCACACAAAUGUAAUUGUUUCGCUGAAACUAUUCCCCUUAUUUCUUUAUAUUACAAAUAAAAAAAGGUUUAAAGCA